ACACUUGUGACUUGCAGGGGGAAGUGACGCUCAAACACGGAGGAAAAAAGGAGCUUGUCCUCGGUUAUGUUUGUUUGGCUUUUCAAUAACUGAACCGGGAAGUGUCCUCUCUUUUUGCCUGCGCGCUAGUGUCGCGCUUUGUUUCUUUUACAGGAAGCUACCCGCCUGCUUUGUCAAAUCUCAUCCAAUCUUGAGUUGUAUAUUUUGAGAGUGUUUGUGCGAGUCUUUAUUCGGGCGUUCGCCAUCGAAUCAAACGGGCUUGAUGUGGUCUGACUCCUUGUUCAACGCAGCAAAUUUGAAAACGAGCGGGAAAUGACCCCUAUACGGAGCUGUUUUUGAAUGAGAGGCAGGGUAGAGCUGGUCACCAGACAGUUGCAGAGUUACCAUAUAAGGAUUCACGUCAGGACUUAUGGGGAGGAGUCUCUCGCUCUCUCUUCCGCUUUCCCCCUCCCUCUUUUUUGCUUCUGCACAUGCUUCAGAUCAGACCAUUUUCCAUUUUGGCCUCCUGUAACCUGCUCCCCCAAGAAUGGCAGACAUUUUGCCACUAGCCGAUCGGCUGUGUAGUGCUUCUGCUAAUGGGAAUUUACCAGAGGUUUUAUUGUUGCUGCAAAAUGGGGCUGCUGUCAAUGGAAAGAAUACUUUUCAAAGGACUGCAUUACAGGUCGUCAAAUUGAGCAGCACCGCAGUCGUCGAGGCCCUCCUGGAGGCCGGGGCUGACCCCAAUCUCCGCGACCCGGUGCUCGGCCUCACGGUUACGCACGACGCCGCCCGCGAAGGCUUCGCGGACACCGUGCAGACGCUGCUGGCUCAAAAGGCAGACGCGAACCUCGCGGACGAACGUGGGAACUUCCCGCUGCAUUUGGCCGCCAAGCGAGGUAGCGUCGAGGCAGUCCGGGUCCUCCUGGAAGCCACUGCGGCGCCCAUCAAGGUGAACAAUGACGGGCACACCGCGGAGCAGUUAGCGCUUCUCCACGGGUGGAAUGACACGGCCGCCUGCAUUUCCAGCUACCUGAAAUCAGCUCAGAAGAAUUGACGAAGAUGCGCAGCUCUCUUCGUCUGCUUGUUUUUGCUCAACUGAUGAGAACAUUUAGAAAUGUUAAAAAUUCCAUCAAGCUGAUGAAAUUAAGGAAAAACACAAUGUAAACCUUUUCAUUGUUCUAAUCGAUUUAUUUGGAUUGUGCCGCUACAAAUAGACUUCCAAGUUGUUCGAAUUCCAUAUCAGAUAAGAUAUUAUGUCAACAAGAUCUGGGCUACAAUUGCUGACUGCGGAAAGACAAAGCCCACGUGACGGAGAUAUUGAAUGACUAUAGGAAUAUAGGAAAGUUAUACACCUUGAUAGAAACGUGCAUGAUCAGAGUGUUAAGCUUACCUUGAAGUUACUGUAAAAAAUCAGGGGUAAAGCAAUCCAACACUGUGCAUCGUUAGUGAUAAAUAAAACUAAAAAUAAUUGUCCCCCACCCCUUCUCAAUAUUGAAAUUCGGAUUUAAUAUGUAAUCAUUUUUCCAAGGUCAUCUUCCCAUGUAUUCCACAACAAACAAAUUGACAUUACAAUAAACAAUACGGAGUUUACAAUAAAUUUGGUCUUCUAUGUUAGCGCAGCCACAUGUGAAUACUACUUCUUACAAAAUGUGCCCGGCCCUGGAAACUUGUCUGUACUGUCACAAGUGGUGAUGGUAAUAUGACCCCCUCGGUUUGCCGAGCAGUUUAUAAAGUCCUGCAAUGAGAAACAAUAUUGAGUCACAAUGCCUCCUAAUCCAGAUUCAAAAGGACUAACACUAUUUUAUAAAAUAUUACUGAUCUCUUCUACAGCACAGACUGACGGGAAAACGGUUCAGCUUCAGGCAGUGAUAAAGUGGAAACAAGUCUCACUACUCACACAAGGAAAUGUUCAACAGGGAUCCUUACACAAACAUAAAACACACACACACACCCAUGUAAAUGAGCAAACACAACCCAUUUAAAUGAGCAGAGAUGGACCGUU